UGGCUCCAGUGCUGUUCUUAGCAAUGAUUCGUCUCACCAAAGGGUGAGGGGUCCAUGUCUGACGCCAAGGCCCAAGGGUCCUCGGCGGCAGUUGUGGACUUCCUCUAUGCCGCGCUGCAAGCAGACCCGCGCUUUGCAAACUUCCUCCCGGCUGACCAGGAUGAUGUCACGCUAGAGCUGCAGUCCUUCUUGGAAGAUGCCUUCGACGAAUCCUUUCCAGAGUUUGACGUGCUCGAGCUCGGCCCGCCAACGGUGCUGCUGGACGUGCUGGCAGAGGGCCUCGUGAGGUCCACGAGCCCCGGCACUGCUUUGGUGGUCGCCGCUUCCCUGCUGCGAACGGAGCUGCGCAGGGACAAGCGCGUCCAGCAAUUCCUGCAGGAUGUGAGGCAUGCGGCAGGGACUGAUGAGGAUCCAGGCCUCGAACUUCCAGACGCUGGCUCCGGAGAGGAGAUCCACACUGCGAGUUUGGAAAGGUUUGUGAUGUCCGAGGAGCAGGCUCUGGAAGUGCAGACAGCUUGGCGAGCCUAUGUCGACAGCUUCAGCGACCCGGAUGCUGCUGCCGAUGCCCUCUUCACUGCCUUCUACGAAGCCGCGCCCAGCCUGCAGCACUUGUUCAAGACAGCUCGCAACACCAUGUCAGGUAGGUUUCUCUCGGGUAUUGAGCAGAUCAUCACGGCCAUGCCUGGUGGCCAGGAAACCAAAUCCGUUGUGGAACUCAUAGGAUUUCGGCACCUGGAUCUGGAGGUGAGUUCGCCUCGGGUGGCGGUCUUUCGGGAAGCCAUCCUCGAGCUGCUCCAAGGAGAGCUGGGUGAUGGCUUGAGCUCCUUGGCCUAUGACGGACUCCGGCGAAUGCUGAACUACGCGGGUGGAGGCUUCAUUUUCAUGCGCGACACCUUCGCGGAGCGCCUGAACAUCCUGGCCGUGAGCUGGGCGAUCGCCUCUGGGGGCGAGGUCCCGGAGUUUGAGGACAUGCAUUCCGGCGAGGAGGGGAGCAUGGCGGCAUCAGAGACCAAGGAGGUGAAGGAGGUGAAGGACUCUGACGCCACACCGAAAACAAAUCUCAACAUGGGCCAGCAGAGUGUGCCCACCACCUUCAACGAGAUGUUCUGCUUCAACGCAGCUGUGAUGGGCUUGUCCGAUAGGGAAUGGAUGUUUGAGGUGCUUGACUCCUUCGACGUGAUCGUCAAGAGCAUCGCAAAUACCUUCCGACUGCAGGAAGAGUGUGACGUGAUCUCCUUGCGCUUCGCCAAGCUGCCAGGAGAGAUCCACCUCGGCGAGUUCAAAGCCGUGAUGUUGGCCUCGCUGCGAUCGCUGGUGCCCAAGGAUUGGGAUACCAAGCACGAGGUGGCCUGGGACUGGCUCUGGGAAAAUGUGCAGCGGAUUCUGGUGAAGGAGAUCGGCGUGCCUUCCAGGAGGGAGCGCUUGGUGUCGCGGUAUGUGGGGUCCUUGGAGCAAGAGACGAGGGAGCUUCUGAGCGGCAAGGUCUACUCGCGAUUCUUUGCGACAGCGCCAGAGGGGCAAGACUUCUUCAAGCAGUCCUCCAGUCGAUUGCUCUUCAUCGUGGAGCGGGUGCUGGAACUGACCUUGGACAUGUACCGCAACCCUCACGGCAUGGUGGACGAUAUCUCCGCGCUGGGGCUGCGCCACGUGGGCUACGGCAUCCCCACGCACUUCUUCAACCCCUUUGUCGCAGCCGUGCUGGACGGCCUGCGCGAGAUCACCGAGGAUGAGAAGCUGUGUGAAGCCUUCGGCUGGUCGCUGGGGCUGAUCGCCCGGAUGUUGGUGCGGACGAUUACGGAGGGGUCCACCCUGGUCAUGAAGGCCAUCAACCACAACUCCCCCAAGCAGAUUCGGAAGGCUCUCAGCACAGCUCCUCGGAACCAGCGAGCCAUGUGGGUCCUCAAGGUCACUGUUGGUACGCAGUCGAUCUCGCCUUUGCUGUGGGCCAUACAAAGUGGCAGCAUGGAGGCGGCCAAAGCCAUCAUGCGGGAUUUGCUCACGAUCCGCGCUGAUCGGGAUCAUUACUACUACGGUGUGGACGAGCUCUUCGAGAGGCAUCCAGAUAUCGUUCAGGUUAUCACGGCCGAAGCCCCGGAACUGCUGGAGGUGAUGCUCGACAAGUUAGUGUGGCGCUCUCGAGUGGUGAUCGGCGGCAUGCGCCGGGCCAAUAUCUUUCUGAAGCACCUACUCAUAGACCCCGACGGCAACUUCGCAGAUGCGAUGAGCUGGAUUUGCAAGAUGCAGGACCCGGUCAUCGUCACACAUGACGUUUUAGAAAAGCUGACUGACUUGGUGUGGAGCAACGUGAUCUACCGGCCUUUCUUGCUCAGCAAGGUGUGGCUGCUCUUCACCUUGGUGGUAUUCCUUUUUAGCCAGGCCAUCCUGAAGAACUGGCAGACCGAAGGGGACGACUGGAGUUUGCGCCUGUCCACUUUCCUUUGCCGCUGCUUUGUCUACUUUGCCGGCAUGCUGGAGCUGGUGUACACCAGGGGCAAGGUGGCGUGCAAGGCCAUCAAGACGGGCGACAUCACCCGGGUUUUCCAGAUCCCAGUGCCCACGAAAUACGUGUCAGAUUGGCAGGAAGGGGUCAGCGUUUUGCUGACGCUGAUCCUUAUCGGGAUGUACAUGGUAGAGCCCAUCAUGUUUUGCCUGGACAACUACGAGGGCGACUUCCAAGGGGCCGGGCUUUUUACGCAGAACUGUCCAGCGGCAAGGGAUGUGCACGACCUCUACGCGCUCCUCUCCAUGCUGGCGAUGUUCUGCUACUUCGCCCUCUUGGUGGACUUUAGUGCCCUUUUCGUGCGCAGCUCCACUUUCGUGAUGAUCGCCGGGCGAGUGGCGCCCAACCUAGUGUUAGCGCUAUGCGCGGGCGCUUAUUUGGUGGUCGUCUUUGGCACAGCCGUCACGGUGUCCACCAAGAACGAGGACUUCCGCACCAUCCCAAGGGCGGUGCUGUCCUUGUUUCAGAUGACCGUUGGUAUGUAUCCUGGGGACAAAUACUAUGCAGUUUUGACGGAUCGAUGGCUCUUGGUUAUGUGCAUGGGCCUCAUUAUUCUGGUUGUGAUAUUCCUGUUCAACGUGCUGAUUGCCAUGCUCAUCGGCUCCUAUUCGGAAGUUCACGGCACGGUGAUCGGCCUGGCGCGGUUGAACCGCAUGGCCAUCAUUGUGGACUCCAUGCCCGGAGUGCGGCAAAAAACCUUCGCAAAGUUCAUCGAAGGACUAAAGCUGGACGAGCGCAUGGAGUUCAACGAGGGUGAUGUCGGCCUUGCGGGAGGCAUUGAUUUUGUUGAACCGGCCUACGUUCAUCCAACCUAUGAGGACUUGAUUUGCAGAUUCGGAGGCUCCACAUCUCCUAAGAUGCCUUGGCCAGAGGAUGAGGAGGAAGCCACCGGCUCUGUGUGCGAAAGGCUGGAUGACCUCACCAAAAUUUUCAAGAAAGCCAUGAAGAGGAUCUACCUGCAGCACAAGCACGGGAAGUCAGAGUCCAGCAUCACUUCAUCUGAAGCGAGCGGCAGCUUCAACUCCAGCGGCGUAUCUUCAAGGUCAGACUGAGCCGAAGGCCGCUGUUCCGUUCGGGAAGCGGCUGAUUCUCCAUAAUUUGGGGGAUUCCCCUGCACAGCUCAUUUCAUC